GAGAGUUACUGUACACGAGGCAUUUCACAGAUUUUGGAGGAUUGCAGCAGAACAACUGAAAUUGAGGGUGGAAAAUACACGCGAAGGAAAAUCAUACAACUUCUGGCGACAAGUUCACGAGUAAAACUGACACACAGGGUGUCAAUAUUUGCAGGCCGACAACUUGGCGGCUCUGAUUUCGCCACUGGUGGCGCGCAAGUAGCCAAAGAGAUCACGCUUGUCAGUCUGGCAGCCACAAAUAAACACAUGGACGCGUGGAAAGUGCCUCCAAAGCUUUCCUCGAGCAUCAGUAAGGAGUCCCUGGGACUCACAGGGAAAUACUUCUCUGCCGAUGUUCCGGCACAAAAGCAGGGGAAGAAAGAGCCCCGGGACGAUUUGGAUGACUUUUGUGCCUUCAUGGGGAUCCAGAGUGAGCUGUGCUCAAAAAAGCCCGUGGACACUAAGUCACGGGACUUGCUGAAGAUUGAUGUGAACAAGGAGAUGGAAGGAGUGGCCAAGGGAAGCGUCCGGAAGCCUUCAAUGUUGCAGAGGAAGAAGCUGAACAAGGAACUGCGAGACAAGCAGAAGGGAAGCGAAUGGUUCAACAUGCCGGCCACUGAGAUGACGGACGAGAUUAAGAAUGACCUGAAGAUCCUGCAGAUGCGCUCAGUUCUCGAUCCCAAGCACUUCUACAAGAAGAACGACCUCAAAGUUCUGCCCAAGUACUUCCAAGUCGGCAGAUAUGUGGACUCUCCGCUCGACUAUCAUCAGGAGAAGCACGUGAAGAAGAACAAGAACCGCAGCCUCGUCGAUGAUCUGCUCAAGGAUGCCGACUUCCAGAGGAGGAUCAAGCGGAAGUACAAGGAAAUCGUGGCUAAGGAAAAGCCUUACUAUCGACACAAGAAGAAGAGCAAAUAAAUACUUUUC